GAGCAGCGCAUAGGUCUACAAGCCAAGCUUGGACGAACUUGCACUAGUGUACUGAAUAAAAUUUAUUAUAUUUUAAUUAAUUUAUUAUUGCAAUAUGGCGUUUCUCAGAGUGUUUGUUACUGUGCUUGUUAUGAACGUGGCUGCGUAUGCGUCGCCCAGAUUUAUUACCAACAACAAUGGUUAUUCGUUCCCAUUUGUAAGCCGGGAUGAGUGGGGUGCCGAACCUUCUGCAGACAUAAGGCCUUUGAAUCACCCUGUACCGUUCGUGGUACUCCAUCACACGUACUUGCCAGGAGCCUGCUACGACAAGGAAGACUGCUCAGCGAAAAUGCGCUCUAUGCAGAGGUAUCACAACAGCCUGGAUUGGGGUGACAUUGGAUACAAUUUCUGUAUCGGCAGUGAAGGAAAUGCGUACGAAGGUCGGGGCUUUGACAACAUGGGCAUCCACGCCUCCGUCGCCAACCGACACAGCAUCGGCAUCUGUGUUAUUGGAGACUGGAGAGAGGUAGCCCCACCAGCAGAAUCAUUGGCAACGAUUAAGGCUCUGAUCGCAGAAGGAGUGAGACAGGGCAAGAUCAGUCCGAACUAUAAACUCAUUGGUCACAACCAGGUCAGCGCGACUGAAUGUCCAGGAACUGCCUUCGCCAAAGAGUUCUCUACUUGGGAUCAUUAUACUCCUGGAAAGCCUGACUUCAGUGCAUUAUCUGUACCAGUAGCGGCUGCCAAAGAGUAAAUGUAGAUACAUGACGUGGAUUUGUAUACUGAUAUCUUAAAGCGCUCUAUAUAGUGAACUUUUUUAGGCUGGACCGAUGAUUUUUUAAGCUAUGAUGUUUAGGUAUUGUUGUGUUCUAUUGUAAUAUACUUAUACUUAUUUUAAUUGAAUACAAAAAAGAAGAGGUUCGCAAUUGGAUGGUAUCAUUUUAACCUAUCUUCCUUUAGUGGCAGUAAAGACUCUUCUACAUUGGUUCAGCAUUUUAGGCGUAAAAAAGAACAAAUGAGCAAACUCGCCUUUUCAUCUAUAUUAUUAAGUUAAAAUAACCAAAUGGUACUCAAAUCUUCUUUAGAUUUUUCUGGUUUCAUCUGGUUAUUUGUGAUGAUAAUGUGAUAUUAAAUAUAAUGACAAAAAUGUACAAGUUUAAUGUGUAGAGCGCUAAUUGUUACCUUCAAUAACGAAAAACCAUUCUAUUUAUGUUAUGUGUUAAGCCAAUAUCGAUACUUAAUUCUAACCGUCAAUAUUUAAACACAAUUUUAAUACUCAUUUUUACUAAACUCGUUGUUUUAUCGACAUUUAUGACUGGGUAUCAUUAUAAAAUACAGUUCAGGGUAUCUCGAUGUGUGAUAAUUUUUUGGAACAGUGGCCGUCUAGAUGACUGCUUCCAGCAAACAAGACGUGCACUAGAACGUCUUAAGGUCUUUAAAGACCGGGAAUGUUGGGUUUUAAGCUAGGGACUUAUAAAGCUAUUUUGUACCGCGCCUACCGCGGUGGUACAAUGGAAAUUUAUUUCCAAAACUCACGAGACCGCAGCUUCCUGCGGUUAUCGCCCGCAAACUUGGCGGUUGAUUGAGUCCUUAACGUUAACCUUCAUUGAUCAAAAUACACGUAUUUAGAUACCCUGAAAUCUAGACUGUUGACUCUAUUUAUUAAGGAUUAAUAAUGUUGCAUUAUACCUUUUAUUUACUAAUGAA